AUGAGUUUUGAAAGCGAUACGGAACAGUCAGACGUGGAAUCGAUCGGGUCGCGCACUCACAUCUGCGAGACAAAGCUAGGAUCAGACGAAGAUGAAGAAGAUAUGUACUAUUCAGAUCCAGAAGGACCGUAUAUAGAUGAACCUAUUGCAGACGAGGAAUGGCUAACAGAAUACAACCGAGAACUAGAAGAAAUUGAAAGGAGAAACCAGGAGUUACAAAACUGCUUUGACAGGAUUGUCGAACCCGAAACUUGGUAAGUGUUCGCUCUAAUCUCUCACCUUUUAAUUAUUAGCCUGAAAAAUCUUAUCGUACUAAGAUCAUACCUUGCCGAUAAAAAGAAUAGGAUAAAAGUUGCAUUCUUCAACUUAAAUACUACGUUCCUUCUUUUUAAUUUCAAAGGUGCUCAUGUGGCAAUUGUGCUCUUGAUCGGCUGCAGAAUCCAUAAUCAUGGCUGCGUUCUAAGACAGAUUGAAGGGAGCCCAGUGCCCUGAACCUGUGAAAUCAAGGAUGCCUAGCAUAAUAUUAUAAUCUCUAAGAUUUUCUUGUCGCCGUAGAGCAGAAGUUAUGUGCUAGGGGUCACCAUGUGCUGUUAGAACACAGCCCUAUCUGAGGCUAGCUGAGCCCUCUGCCCCUCUCAAGUCACUUUUUUCUUUGGGAAAAUCUUUUUUUUUUUGGACAUCUAGGGAUUUUUACUGUUAUCAAUAUUACUGUUCUAAUCAAGAAAAUUAUAAAUAUAGCCAUUAAAGCAACAUAUUACAUCUUUUGUUGUAGAAAUAGGAACUGGGAUAGCCCAGACUUAAUGCAAUUUUGAUUUCUUUUUCUUUUUUUUUGGCUUUUCUUUUGUUUUGUUUUUGGUUUUUGGUUUUUUUCUUUUUAAUAAUCCAAUCUCAAGCAGCAUUUGUAAAUUGCCUAUGCGUAGCGAGAUUUACAAUUGUACAUUCAAAAAAACAAAUAAUGUUCCCAUUAUUAUUAUUAUUAUUAUUAUUAUUAUUAUUAUUGUUAUUGUUACAUAUUAUUAUCAUUUUAUCAGCAAUGAAGGUGGACUAAAUAUAUUUUUCCUAUUUUGCUUGCAGUAUCUGUUGUUCUUGCCCAAGAGGCAGCUGCAGCUACAGCACAGUCAUCAAGUGGAGGAAGAACAAGGAAUUGCACUGUUUGCAAAAGACUCAUGA